CGAAAAGUUGUGUGAGUAAACACUCUCUUUGAACAGGUGAGCCAAACUCAACGUAUUCUCCUGGGCGCACUCGUACUUCAAUUUUCUGCCUCCCCCAAAACUUCACCUCAAGAUGUCUUCCGAGACAAAAAAUGCGCAAGCUGCCAAAGGAACGGCCAUUUCUAUGGCCAUGGAUUGGGGGAGUAAGUCAACUCCACAAGCAGAAUGCGCCUACAGUGAUACUGACUUAAAUCCCCAGAAUCUCCUCUACCUCCAACAAUUUUAGCAACUCUCCUUACCGCGUUACACAUGCGCCCAUUCCAAAGACUCCCAAUGCUCUUUCCGCCCGUCCUUCUCUUGAGCACAUACUUGAACCUGAACUCCUUCGUCGCCGAUUCAGCUGGGAUUACGGCUGCUUGGUCUGGUCUUUACCUAAUCAUGGCAAAUAGAAGGAAGGUGAGAACCAGCGGCGUAGGCUGGGGGAGAAGAGUCGGAGAACGAUUCGGGGCAAGGGGUUUGACUAGGGGAUCCGCAAUGGUUCUUGCGGGCAUGAAUGUUGUUGGUGGGGGUUUGGCGUAUACAUUUGGGAAGCUAGAAAAGGAAGAGAGCGUUAUUUGAUAAUGACUUGAUAUUGAAAAAUGGUGGCAUGAUAUCAUGGAGAACGAUAUGAGGACACUCAAAACUGUACGAUUAAGGGCGCGAAAGCCCGCUUGGUCAGAAUUGUACGAUGAGUGUAGUGAGUAAUGAUUAACGAAGAGCUUACGAAUUCCCUUACAUCUCUAGGACGCUAAACCUGAGGUUCAGGAAAGCAAACCCAUGUUUGGUUGGGCAGGCUACU